AAUGACACACACACACACACUCACAGAACAUCUUGAGUAGUUUAGAGCGAGUCCACGGCAACAUUAGAGGAGAGAAAGCAGAGGAGGUGUGUGUGUGCAUCUGUGCAGUGAGAGUGAAAGCACAGUGACUACUUCUUCUCUUUUUGUGGAGUGAGUGUUGGUGGCUCAGCGUGUGUGUGUGUGUGUGUGUGUGUGUGUGAGAGAGAGAGAGAGAGAGAGAGAAGACAGAGAGAGGCAGAGUACAUGUGUGUCUGUGUUGUUGGAGCAGAGGAGAUGCUGCUCUGUGUGAUGGCUCUGUUGCUUUAGUACUUGAGCGAACAGGAGAGUUGGAGCCAGUUGUUUUGUGGGACUCGCCGGGAAUGGCAAACUCCACGGUAUCCUUGGAAACAUCCGACUAAAUGACAAUGGCUGAGGCUAUUUGCUGCACUUUGGUGAACUGUAACUGUGACAGCUUCAAGCCCGGGAAGCUGAAGAGGAGGCAGUGUGAAAACUGCAAACACGGCUGGGUGGCACACGCUCUCAGUAAGCUGAAGGUGCACCACAUGUACCAGAGCAGCCAGGUGGAGAUCGUGCACUCCAACGUGGUGUUUGAUAUCUGCAGCCUAAUGCUGUAUGGAACCCAAGCCAUUCCAAUCCGCCUCAAGAUUCUCCUGGACCUCUUCUCUGUCCUGAAGCAGGAGGAGGUGAUCCAGAUUCUUAAUGCACUCGACUGGACUCUGCAGGACUACAUACGAGGAUACGUGCUCCAGGAUGUAGCUGGAAAGGUGCUUGACCGGUGGGCCAUCAUGACUUUUGAGGAGGAGAUCGCCACGCUGCAGCAGUUCCUACGCUUUGGAGAGACCAAGUCCAUCGUGGAGCUGAUGGCUCUGCAGGACAAGGAGGGCCAGGCAGUAUUGGUUCCCAGCACCCGCACCAACUCAGAUAUCCGCACGUUCAUUGAGCGCAACACCCCGCGCACUGCCGCCAACCUCUCCGCAUCGAAAGCUGAUAAGCUCGGCGGCAACAGUAUGCACCACUUUGAGAACUUUAUUAACAGCAUGGCAUUCAUGCUGCCGUUCCAGCUGUUAGGCUCUGUCCCAACACCGUUCCUUGGCUCACCCACAGGGGGACUACAGCAACACCACCAGCAACACCAGCAACCUUGCCGUGGAUCGAUGGAGCAACAGCGACGAGAUGAUCUUGGGCGGGAUGGCCUAGGGAGGGAAAACCCUUCUCUUUCACACCCUUCAGAGAGCAGCCUGCUGGGCUCCAGCUCUGCCUCGUUCACAGCUGAUAUCGACCUCAGUGGUGACAAACCACUGGACAGCCUCUCCACCACCACAAAGAUUGAGGCCGAGGACUUCUCGACUAGCGACAACUACUCCGAUGGGCCCACUCCAUGCACCCCCUCUAUGAGCUCUGAUGUGCAGAUGUCACCGGAUGGCAAGCUGCGCUCCCUGGACAGGAACGGGAGCGGAGGAGGAAGCGGCGGGGGAGGCUCUCUGAAGAAGGGUCGUGUGUUUUGCAACGCCUGUGAGAAGACAUUCUACGACAAGGGCACGUUGAAAAUCCACUACAAUGCGGUACACCUGAAGAUCAAGCACAAGUGUACUAUAGAGGGCUGCAACAUGGUGUUUAGCUCACUGCGAAGCCGCAAUCGCCACAGUGCCAACCCGAACCCUCGACUGCACAUGCCUAUGAACCGAAACAACCGAGACAAAGACCUGCGGGGGAGCUUGUCCGGCGAUGAGAACUCUCAAGACGAGAAGAGGUCUGAAUAUGGAACCCAGAUUCCCGUAUGCUCUGCAGAAAGCCAUAAGUCCGUGCCCAGUUACAUGAUAAGCCAUGUGGACUCUGGAUCCAAACUCCACAGCAGCUCUUUUCCCAGCAUGGGCCAGAGUGGCAUCCUGUUUCCUAACUUAAAAACUGUACAGCCAGUCCUGCCUUUCUACCGAAGCCUGGUAACCCCCGCCGAGCUUGCAAACACACCGGGGACACUACCCUCCCUUCCUCUGUUGUCCUCCUCUGUACCCAUCAAACCCAUCACAGCUCCUGAACCUUACAUGACGGACCACAUACCAAAGAAAAAGUCUCGUAAGUCAAGCAUGCCAAUAAAGAUCGAGAAGGAGGCAAUGGAGCAAGACGAGCUGAUGGACAAAGGCAACAGCUCAGAGGAGGAGGGUCCAUUGCAUUCACAUGGCAAGGAAGCGUGUAGCCAAGCAGAAGGGCAUAUAGGCCUGAGACAACCUGCAGAGGAGAAAGAGACAAGAGGGACUUACAUGGGCGAAGGAAAGGAGAGGGAGGGUGCCAAGCGUCUGUUGGACCAAACUCUAGAGAGAGACAUUACAGGAGGGGAGGACAAAGACAAUGGGCCAGGUCAUGCUGAAACAGAGGUUAUCUCCUGUGCUUUGUCCCCUUUUGAAAACAGACUGGUGGAGAAUCACUGUGACAACAACUUCCUCUGUCAGGAACCCAAUGGCAACGCAGAGAAGGAGGGCAGGGAACACACAAACAUGAUGUCAGAGCUAAGAUGGGAGGGGGGCGAGCACAGGGUGACGAAUGGCGGCACAUCCCGGCUCAUAGACCAUGAAAGGGAAGGUUUGGACAGCUGUGUCGAUGACUACGGUGACUCGGGUCUGUCUCACCUUGACCCUGACGCCGACCUGCCGCACCACUGUGAGAUCUGCAAUAAAACCUUUAAGAACCCCUAUAGUGUCAAGAUGCACUACCAAAAUGUCCACCUAAAGGAGAUGCACUUGUGCACAGUGGAUGGCUGCAACGCUGCCUUCCCUUCGCGCAGGAGCCGAGACAGACACAGUGCAAAUUUGAAUCUGCACCACAAACUGCUCACCAAAGAUUCCUUCAAUCCAACUAACUCGCUCUACUCACCCUCAUCCCAGUGUAGAGAUAGAGACUCUGUGGGCCUGGACUACUGCCAAGACCAGCAGGACAGAGAUCUGACCCAUCGAGACCCUACCAGCCAGACCUCUGUCAUCUUCCGGGGCCACAACCGCAUGGGCCUGGUCUUCCCUAUGAGCAAAAUGUCUACAGCAACAUACAGCGCUGAGGCAUCUCCUUUACGUGAGAUGGAGGGAUUAGGAGAAGGUGGUGGAAGUGGGGAGGAUGGGGCGGUCCUGGAUCUGAGUACCUCCUCCUCUGCUCCACCUCGUGGGAGCGGCAGUGCCCGCUCUUCCUGGGACUCUGACGGGGCCGGCAGUGAAGAAGGGGACGGGAUAGAAGAGGACGAAGAGGUCCUCGCGAAAGAGGACAGCGAUGAAAGCUACGAUGGGAUUAGUGUGGGGAGGCCUGGGGGGGAGGAGUUGGCACUCGGGGGAGAAAGGACCCUGGGCACCAUGGGAGGAGGACAAGGUGGGCUUCACGGAGGUGGUGGUGGAGGAUCCCCGAUAACCUGCCAUGUGUGUAAAAAGGUGUACAGCAACAAGGGCACGUUCAGAGCCCAUUACAAGACUGUCCACCUCCGACUGCUCCACAAGUGUAAAGUCCCCGGCUGUGAUACGUCCUUCUCCUCUGUGCGGAGCAGAAACAGGCACAGCCAGAACCCGAACCUUCAUCGAAACCUGACUGUUAGCUCAGGUGCAGCAAUGGACCAGGAGUAGAAACUCAAACUCCAAUGCCAAUAUUUCCUUUGUUACAAUGUUCAUUUUAUUGUUUUCGGGGACCUUAAGGCUCACCAAUCAGCACUUUUUGAAUACAUACUGUACCAUAGUCCAUCCAUUUUUUAAGGAAUAUGAAAAGAAGAUAAAAUCCCAAGUUUCUGUGUUCUGAGAAAGCAACUUUCUUUAGCAACAUGAGGCAAAAUUUAUAAAAAGCAUAACAUGUAUCCGUGUGUGUUAUGCAUCAUAAUAUAGAAAACACUCAAAGUUUUCAAUGCAUUCUUUUUUUCCAACAUUGAGAAAUGCAAGCUUAACAAAUCUCAAUCUUUCAUUGUUAUCCCGUUCUGAUUUCUUCUUAUUGGUUUGCCUGCCAGCCCCGUUUAAAUCAAAAGAAAUAAUUAUGUGUAAACUGAUUUUUUUCCACGUUUUGUCCUAGUGAGAGUUGAGCCAUGAAACAGUAUCAUGUGAGAGAUUUUUCAAGUGUUUUUUGUCGUCGGAUGUCUUCAUCUUUCCUAUGAAGCUGUGCAUAUUGUCUUGAUCAAAAAGCAGUAGUGAAGUAAAACCACACUUGUGUCAUUUCAUUCAUUUGGACAACGGUGUUCAAAAAGCGUCUUUGUUGAAAAAGCUAUCGUGUUGUGAACUUGAACAAUAAGUUACUGUAUGGUGUUUUAUGACUUGUCUCUACUGUUAUGGUUGUUGCAUACUGCUAAAGUUGACCAAAGAUUUUUUUCCAGUCCACAGAAACCCCUUCGUGCUGUAUGUGGGGUAUGCAGUAUUAAAAAGGGCCCGCCCAGUCUAAUCUACUUUGUGUGUAUGAGCAGUAUUCAGCCGGGGGCUCUUGUAAAAUAUGAUCAAGUCACUGAACAAAAUAAAAAAAAUACUUCCGGCUGAUCGGGGGUGAAAGGAAAUAUUUUUGGAUUUUGGUGGUGCUUCUGUAAAGAAAUCUGCUCAUGGGAUGAGACUUGAUGAACGCAUUGCUCCUGUAUUGUUUGUGUGGUUGCUUGCAGGAUCUGAACGACUAGACCAACAGCUUAAAAUACGCUGAGUCUGGAGGCUGGAAGCAUGUACUGUGAAUGAGUCAAACACUGAGAAAAAUAACUUUGAAAAUGCAAUUUACGAUAAUGGCCCCCACACAUGAGCACAUCCUAAAACAGAACUGGUAAACACAAUGAUUACUGAACUGUAUAUUCUGUGAAUAGUGUUAUUUGUUAUCUUAAAGAAACCAAAAAAUAUACUGUACAACAAAUUUAACCACUAACAUGUUACAUGUUUUUUUUUUUUUUUUUUUCCAAAAUAAAUGAACAAGAAAAUUGUGUUGUACACGUCUAAUAAUUUCACCAUUGUUCGCUUUUUUCCGUUUUGCUCUGUAUUUUGCAUAUUGUUUUCCGUCUAUAUUUAAAUACAAUGGGCCAGAUCCCACAUUGUUUGUUGUUUGGAUUUGUUUACAAAAAAAAGAAACAAAAACGAACAUAUGUUGAUAGGUGAUCAUGUUUCCUUUGAUUUGUUGUCACAAUAUCCAUUCAAAUUAAAUAAAAAGCCAUAUGUUUACAAGA